AUGUCCUAUCGUUAUGUCUACCCCAAUGGAGGAGUUGCCAAUGUUGGUUACGGUGCUGAUCCAACAUUGAUGCCAGCUGGUUAUCAAAAUAUGUACAAUAAUGUUCGACGAUCCUAUUCACCGGAAUCGUUUUCAUCGGAUAGUGAAAGUAGUGACGAUUAUGAAUAUCGAGGUCGAAUGAUUUCACGUGAAACACGACACCCACAAGAUGUAGUUCGUGCACGAACACCACCUCCGAUUAUAAAACGUGUUGUAGAACGUGCUCCAACACCUGAACCUACUAUCAUGGAACGAGUUAUUAUUCGACCACAAGCUCAAGAAAUUGUUGAACGUGUUAUUGAACAACCUCGUACACCGCCACCACGUAUUAUUCAAAAAGAAAUGCAAGAAGAAGCACCACCACCAAUCGUGCGAACACGUGUGAUUAAAGUUGAUCGUCCAAUGCAUAGUGGUUAUAGUCAACCAGGUUCACCAUACAAUCAUCAAUAUAAUGGAUUAACAUCAGGUUCGAAUGGUUUUUCUGGUAAUGGUUAUCGAGCUCAAUCUGUUGCUGGUUCGGUUGGGCGGCCAGCUGCCUAUAAUAAUACGGUUGGUAAUGGUAGAAGUUUUUCAUCAUCAUCAAGUUUUGAAUAUAUGUCUGCCGAACCCAUGCCAUCCGCUGUACCAUCGUCAACAAUGAUGUUUAUGCCUGCAUUACAACAAACACAACCUUUAGGUGUUAUGCAACAUCCACAACAACAAAUGAUGUAUCGACCAUUUCAAAUGCAAUCAUCGAUUCCACCUUUACCAUCGACUUAUAUGCCUCAAAAUUAUAGAUAUUCUCCUGCACCUCAUCCUGGCAUGUCUUUCAGUUAUCGUCCAAUGAUGCAACAAGGCCGAAUGCUGCCAACUCGCAUGCCGAUGAUGGCAACAACAAAUGCAUUUGGCAUGCCAACAAGUAACUAUUCAAAUCAGCCCAAUUUCUUUAAUCCAAAGAUUCAACAAUUAGUUUAUUAA